CUGUUUUUCUGUUUCCAGGGUAACCCGGUUGGACAGACUGGACUAGGAGUGAUGUACAUGUAUGGCAAAGGUGUAGAACAGGAUUAUAUUAAGGCGUUCCAGUACUUCACACAAGCUGCUGAGCAGGGCUGGAUGGAGUCCCAACUACAACUUGGACUCAUGCACUUCAGUGGAAAAGGGGUGAGGAGAGACUACAAGCUGGCUGUGAAAUACUUCAACCUUGCCUCACAAGGCGGCCAUGUCUUAGCCUUCUUCAACCUGGCUCAGAUGCAUGCUACAGGCACAGGUGUGCUGAGGAAUUGUCACACGGCAGUGGAGUUGUUUAAGAACGUGGCUGAGCGGGGUCGUUGGGCGGAGAUGCUUUCGGAGGCCCAUAGUCUGUAUAAGGAGGGUAAUCUGUUUCAUUCGCUUAUCAAGUACACUUUCCUAGCUGAGCUUGGCUACGAGGUUGCCCAGUCCAACGUCGCUUUCAUACUUGACCAAGGUGAGAUUGGUGAUUUCCACGAAACAGAGAUCUUUGAGCGUGCAUUAUUGCAGUGGGCACGUGCAGCUGCGCAGGGGUCAACGUCGGCGCGUGUGAAGAUGGGUGACUACCACUACUACGGCCAGGGGACUAAGAUAGACUACGAGACAGCUGCCUCCCACUACCGUUUGGCCUCAGAGCAGCAGCAUAAUGCUCAGGCCAUGUUCAACCUAGGAUACAUGCAUGAGAAGGGCCUGGGUCUCAAACAGGAUGUUCACCUGGCCAAGCGUUUCUAUGACAUGGCGGCAGAAACCAGUAUAGAUGCACAAGUACCUGUCAUGCUGGCCCUUGCCAAGCUUGGUGUAUUUUAUGGGGUUGACAUCUUCAACAAAGAGAUGGAGGAUUAUAACCAACUGUUGCUGAAAUUUGACCCACGUUUCUACCUCGGACCAGACUGGGAUAUCUAUGUGAUGACAUUCCUUGCCCUUCUCCUAGGUUUCAUUGUACUUCUGCGAAGGAUCCGGUAGCCCCCCAGCACACUCAUAUUCAGAUUAAAACAGUUUAAGUGGUGCUACUACACAAUAUCAACAAUGGCUUUAUCACCUAGAGAGAUAAAAGGAUAAAGAGGAGAGUCAACAUUUCUUCUUAUAUAUGGCACAAAUUAAAUGAUGAAAAACAUUCUAUGCUUCUACACCAACUCAUGAUCUGAGGUCAUUGCUGAUCUGACUGGGUCAACAGUGCUACAGUACUAGUCCUCAAUCUACAGGUUAUGCCAUCACUUGUCUGGAAACAAAAUGUCAUCAAACUCUACAGUGCUUAGUGUACAGUUAAUGGAUUGACACUCGGUGAAUGUCCAGAUACAUUACAAGGAAUAAAUAUGGAGAGAUCUGACAUCAGUACAGGUCUCAUGAAAACCAU